CCCUUGGCCCUCUCUGCAGCGCGCACGGGGGAAGCCUUUAAAACGCGCGCCACAACGGCACUCGUCGCAUGGAGCAUGCGCAUCGAUCGCGGUAUCGUAAGAACUCGCGCGGGGACUGCCGGGAAGGCGGCUGCCCGAUAAGAAGGCAGCGGAGACUGCACUCGUGGCUUUUUGCGGGGCGCGGGCCUGGGGAGGCGCUGGUGGGGCGUGGCCCGUCUAGGUUUCUGUCCGAGCGUGCUACAGAGCAGGGGGAAAAGCGUCUUUGUAUUGUGUCUGCAUGAAAGAGUGCUCUUGUUGUUCGCUUGUGGGACUAUCUGCGCGCCUGGUUCGGUGCUUGCGUGCUUUCUGCGCUUUAAUUCUGUUAUCGCCCGAAAGAUUGUGUCGGUUGAUGGUUUGUAGCGGCCGUUCUUUCGUCGCUCCCUUUGGCUUGUAUAUUUUGUUGCUUCGCUGUUUUGCUGCUUGCUUCUUUGCUUUUGCUGCUUUUUGCUGCUUUGCUUAUUUACUGCUUGCUUCUUUGCCUUGUUCUUUUCUGCUAUUGGCCGCGAGGCUGCGGUAAUUUUGAGUGUUACGUUCUAUCGUGAAUUAAAACUGUUUUUGUUCUUUGCGCCACUGGUCCUCUGUCGUGCUGGUAGCGGCUCGCGGACCCCCUGAGCGAAGGCGAGGGGCCUUCAUCUGGCGCCCAACGUGGUUUUCUUCUCGUUUUUUCUUUUUGUUCUGGAGUACGCUUCCGCACCGCAGGGACCACGAGCACGGGAACGAGGGAACCGCCCCCAUCUCAAGACAGCUGGCACUCCCCCCUGGGCCUUCUUGUUUCGCUCCGACAUCGGGUCCCACAGCUCAUGCAUCUGUACCCAAUCCCUCUGACCGGCGUAAGCUCACUGAACGUUUCUUAUUCAACCUCUCGCUUUCCUUGCGCCCCGCUAUUCCGCGCCAUCCUGCCUCCGCAGAACCGCUUGACCAUUCCGUCGGACCGCUUUGCCCGCUCAAUUUCAACGCCAAAGAUGCACCGCCGGCAUUUUAAUGCACCUACGUUCGGGUAAUGUCAAGAAGAGCGCGGUUGAAAAUCAUUCUCUCAAAUCCACUAGUACGAUGCCGGAUAAGAAGGACCAGGGUGCGCCCGCACAAGAUAUGUGCAGCAUUAUUGCCCAGCUGACCGCGCUGCUCGAGCAUCAGACAAACAUAACUCCAGCAGCCAGUUUCCAUUUGCAGCUCGCUGUGCCUACAUAUGAAGGGCACACAGAUACGAAAUCGGUGGCGGACUUCCUUCAGGAAAUGGAAGAUUACCGCAAUGCCCAAGCCAUUACGGAUGACGUUCUUCUUCAGCGCGUUUUGCCCGUCGCCCUGACCGGGUCCGCCGCCCGCUGGCGUCGUCGCCAGUCAUUCCAAAGUUGGGCGCACUUUGAGCAGCUUCUGCGAGCAGAAUUCCUCCCCCCCGACUACGUUGUCCGCAUAAAAGACGAGCUUCGCGCCCGUAGUCAGGCGCAGGAGGAAAGCCUCCAAGAAUACAUACGGUCCUUUCAGGAGCUUUACGAGCGCGCAGACCCUUCAGCACCUGAAACAGAAAGAGUCACCCGGGCAAUCCGGCAAUCUCACCCACGCUUCCAGGCUUAUCUAAGGGGCCGCACCUUCUCUUCACUUGACGAUCUCGCCCAAGCGGCGUCCGAUAUUCAGGCGGCGAUGUUGGCAGAGCUAACUUACCAGCCUCCACCCCCGCCUCAAGCCUCCCUAGAACCGUCUUGCGCGUGGCGCGGUUCUGCAUUUGCAAGCCCGGGGGAUAUCGUACCGCCUCCAAGGGCGCUGGAUCCAUUUAUUCACCGCACCCUUGCCACCCAGGUACCUUUCCGGCCUCCGGUCCGGGAACCUGCAACAACGUUGCGAGGCACUCGGGGCCGCAGCAGGCCUGUAGCGGCUGCCGCCCAAUCAGGCGCAGAAGAUACACGCAGGAACAUUCCAGUCUGCUUCCAGUGUGGGGGACGAGGCCACUACAAGAGCCAGUGCCCGAGCCCACCUGGCUCCCGCCAGCAGGGAAACGACGAGGGCCGGCGGUGGCUCCGGGACGCCCUCUCCGGCAGCAGCCGACCCUCACGCGGUGUUACUCGCAACAUCGAAGCAUCUUGCAGCGGCUGUCAAGCACCGAGCGGGGGCAGGCGUUUCCAAGACUACGAAAAGCCGGGUGUUUUGGUCGUCUCACCAUCCUGCUGUCACGGCGCUGAGCCGCGGACAACCUCGACAGCGGAGAGGGGGACAGAAACAGCUCCUCACACUCAAAUCACCACCGGCAUCAACGGUAGUAGCUGUACCGGAAAGGUGUCACCCCCCCAGAUCGAAGGCCCAGGAUCUCGGACAAAUGGUGAGGUCUUUGCCGUCCACGUUCAGUCUUCUUGACGACCACCUUGACAAAACACCAUUGGUAGCGGUCAGAAUGGCCGGAAUAGAAGUACCUGCUAUUUUAGACACCGGCUCUGCCGUUUCCGUUUUCGGCGACCGUGUGAGAAGCGCCUGCGAGACGAAACGUCUACAGUUACGAAGUGUAAACACGACCCUUCGCAUGGCAUCCGCUCACGUUGCGUCCGCUACGUCAGCAGCCCGGUUAACGGUUACCAUGAAUGAUAAAAAAUUCCGGCAACGCUUCCUACACCUUCCAGGACUUUCUUGUCCCGUGAUUUUGGGCCGUAACUUCAUAGCCAAAGCAGGAAUCGUUCUCGAUCUGUCUAAAGGCACCUACCAGUAUGGCAUGCAUGCACAUCCACUCAAGUUCAUGAGUAAGCCAAGAGAACCACAGACAAAUCUGUUUUCCACCAAUAUAUCUGCGGUAUCCGAGACUGGUAGUGGUAUUCUCACUGUUCUGAAGUCCUUCACAGGAUCUCCGGCGGAGAAGACCAAAAUCGAGACAGCGCUUAAACCAUUUGCAGAAAUGUUCA